UCCAUCUCGGCAAGAAACCCACCGCGCAUUUGGCUAUCGCAUUUCUCAGGUGAGGCUCAGGUUCCGGAGUAGCGAAGCUUCAAGUGCGCAUCUGGGUACCGGCAUGGCUGGAGAGCAGGCGUUCCACCGGGGAGGCGUGCACGGAGGCGGCAGCGCCAUCGGGCCGGACUACAUGCGGGCCAUCCGCGGCGACGACGACUACUACGGCGGGCAUGGCCAGGGCCACAGCCAGCCGGCGGCCGUCACCCUCGCGAAGGGGGUGGCCGCGGCGGCGGCGGCGGGGUCGAUGCUGCUCCUGUCGGCCCUGACGCUGACGGGCACGGUGCUGGCGCUGAUCGUGGCGACGCCGCUGCUGGUGCUCUUCAGCCCCGUGCUGGUGCCCGCGGCCAUCGCCGCCACGAUGCUGACGGCCGGGUUCGUGUCGUCGGGGGCGUUCGGCGCGGCGGCGGUGGGGGUGCUGGCGUGGAUGUACAAGUACCUGUCGCACGGGGCGUCCUCGCCGCCGGGGGCCGACACGGUGGACCACGCGGGCGCGAAGCUGGACUCCAAGGCGCACGAGGUGAAGAACUGGGCGCAGCAUCGCCUCGACCAGGCACGAACGCCGUAGACGUGUCGUCAUUUGCCCUCCUAUGCGUCACCAGUGUGUGUGGAUCGACGCCUCUAUAUGUACGGACGUGCCCGCGAGCGGUGCUACUUACCACCGAUGAAUAAUAAGCUGCAUAUCUCCUCUGGAAGAGGGAGUUAAAAAUA